ACCACUGAAUCCACUACAGUGCCAAGUACAAGUUCAUCAGCUUCACCCAGUACAUCUGCUUCUGUUGAAAGUACUGUCUCCUCUACAACAGUAACAACUGUUUUGAUACCAUCACCAAGCAGUACCAGUUCAAGCACUUUAAUAGCAACUCCGACAACAUCAACUUCAUUAACCUCGACUGUUGCACCAAAGACAUCUCUAGCACCAUCAACGUCCACUUCAGCAACAUCUUCUACAAACACAGCUGUACCAACUACAAGCUCUUCUUCUUUGCCAACAACGUCAACAUCUACAACACCAAUUUCAACAGCAAGCUCCAGUGUAUCUACAACUGCACAAACCACUGUCACAUCAACAUCGGUGUCAACUGAAUCAACGUCAUCCCCAUCUACUACCGUGGCAGGUGCUUCAACAACAACACUAACACAACCAUCUUCAUCAACCAUUACGUCAGUAGGUACGUCACCAUCUACAACAGCUUCAAUUACAACUCCAACCCCUGUGCCGACAGAGAGCACACUGCAAAGUACAAUCAGUUCGUCUACCACUGAAUCCACUACAGUGCCAAGUACAAGUUCAUCAGCUUCACCCAGUACAUCUGCUUCUGUUGAAAGUACUGUCUCCUCUACAACAGUAACAACUGUUUUGAUACCAUCACCAAGCAGUACCAGUUCAAGCACUUUAAUAGCAACUCCGACAACAUCAACUUCAUUAACCUCGACUGUUGCACCAAAGACAUCUCUAGCACCAUCAACCUCCACUUCAGCAACAUCUUCUACAAACACAGCUGUACCAACUACAAGCUCUUCUUCUUUGCCAACAACGUCAACACCUACAACACCAAUUUCAACAGCAAGCUCCAGUGUGCUUCAACAACAACACUAA